AUGAACUACUUAACAGAAAAUGGGAUUUAUUUUAUAAUCUAUAUUACUCGGAGAACCUCUGACCAACAUCUUUCAUUAGCAGACGAACCAUCGACAGCAAUAUCAAUAAUUGACAUCAAAAGAAGAGCUAAGAUAAGAGGUGAAGAUAAGAUAAGAGGUGAAGAUAAGAUAAGAGGUGAAGAUAAGAUAAGAGGUGAAGAUAAGAUAAGAGGUGAAGAUAAGAUAAGAGGUGAAGAUAAGAUAAGAGGUGAAGAUAAGAUAAGAGGUGAAGAUAAGAUAAGAGGUGAAGAUAAGAUAAGAGGUGAAGAUAAGAUAAGAGGUGAAGCUAAGAUAAGAGGUGAAGAUAAGAUAAGAGGUGAAGCUAAGAUAAGAGGUGAAGAUAAGAUAAGAGGUGAAGAUAAGAUAAGAGGUGAAGAUAAGAUAAGAGGUGAAGAUAAGAUAAGAGGUGAAGAUAAGAUAAAUGGUAGAACGAUGUUAAUCCUCUGA